CUCCGAAUGAAAUCAGGAAGUGCGGAGAGUGUUUACCAGGUAGAUUCUGUUGCCAACACUCUUUCCCCAGGAGAUCUCGCUGGGCUGGUCAAAAGCCCCAUGGGCUGGGCUUGGCAGAGUCCACACUUCCUCGAGAGUGCUUGUAACCUGUGGGCGAUGCUGGGCCUGACUGCCGAGCUUUCUGGAGGAGCCACCUGGAAGGAGGGCUCUCCAUAAGCAUGGCCUGCAGUGUGCCAGGAGCCCUCCUUGGCUGCUCGGGGCAAAGACGUAGGGAGGUACCCUCAUCUGGUCUCUAGAAGGAUGAAAGAGUUGGAGGCUUGGGCUGCAAUCAGGAAGAUGGCUACUUUUUACCAGUGCAUCCGGGCUGACUCCAGGGAGCUGGACAUGAGCUCCACGAGGAUAAUGGAUAUUAAGAUGCGGGAUGCGGCAGAAGGACUUGGUGAGGACAGCUCAGGAAAGAAGAAGUCCAAGUUCAAGACUUUUAAAAAGUUUUUUGGGAAGAAGAAAAGAAAAGAGACCUCCACACCUGCAAGCAGCAGCACCUGGAAGCCAAGUCAGUCAGAGAAUGACGACAUUGCUCCAGUAUCCCUGCCCAUUGGCUAUGACUCAGAGGAUGAACUCGAGGAUCACAAGGGUACCUUGGGGAGCCGAGCACUUUCACACGAUAGCAUUUUCAUUCCUGAAACGGGUCAAGACCCCCCCAGGCCAGCUCGGGUAUUUUCUCAGGAAAAUGUGUCUGAGAGGAUCAAAGCUUUACAGAUGAAAAUCCAGUAUAAUAUGAAACUGGGACCCCCUCCUCCAUGUGGGAUUCCCACUAAACGGGCAGAUGAUGCUGGCAUGAGUUCUGAAGAUGAUGGGUUACCCAGGAGUCCUCCAGAAAUGUCUUUAUUGCACGAUAUAACUGCCACCACCACCACCACAAAGGUCCCUUUAGGUUCUUCUUCCAGACCCCUCUCUCCAGACCAGCUUUUCUCCAGACAUGCCAGUGAUACUAUGACAUCACCAAGGACAUCUGACAGUAGCCUCUCACCUCUAGCAGAUUUUGAUUAUCCUCCUGAGUUCUCCUCCUGCCUUGAUAACUCAGCAGCAAAGCACAAACUCCUAGUUAAACCUCGAAACCAGAGGUCCAGCAAAAUGAGACGGUUGUAUUCGCGGGCACAGUCAGAGUCUCUAAGCGAUCUGACUUGUACCCCAGAGGAAGAGGAGGAAGAUGGGAAACAAAUGCUCAAAGACCAGAAAGAUGAGAAUAGCAGUUACAGCCAGGAGGAAAUGAUGGACAAGGACACUAUAGCAGAUAGCCCAGAGCUUUUGAGAGCAGAGAUGCCUGAGGAGCCUUCCCAGAGCCGAGAGAACCAAGAUGAAAAGCCUUUGGGGCUCCAGUCUCCUGAUGUGUUUGCCAGUCCAGGGGAGUUGUCAUCACCAGUAAAUACCCAUGACACUACAGUGGAAAUCAGUGUCUCGGGGUCAGAGUCAGACCCUUUACUUUCUUUAGUUCCCCCUUCUCUGCCUGAAAACUCCCCGCUUCCUACUCUAGAUGAAGAAGAAAGCAAAGAAGCAUCUCCCGCAGCAGGGCCUCCUCCUCCGGGGAGCACGUGUGAGGAGUUGGUUUGUCCACUUAGUGAAGGCCAAAGUCCAUCUUGUGACAGCCCUCUAGACGUAGCCCCUCCAACGGCUAUUUCUAACACCGCUGCAAUUUCGUCUGGCUUAGAUUGUUCAGAAAAUACCACAGAGGAGUCCAAAGUCAGCCUCGAGAUGUCUGAUGCUGGGGAAGCGGUGCAAGAAUCCACCAUAACUCCUGACCUGGGCGCCCAGUUACCAAAGAGUUGUUUGAAAAACCGAAACUCCUCAGACCCCUCGAGUCCCAGUGUUUCUCCCAUUGCCCUCGAGUCAGCGUCGCCGCAGCUGGGACCUGCCCCCUGGCAGCUGGAGAGAAAGAGCACCCCGGAGGAGGUCCCGAAGUCUGAGCCACAAGGCUCUCCUCCCAGCACUCCCAGGGGAGGAGGGGGGGCCGAUGGCAAACUGGAGAGGGCAGCCAGUGAACUGAGAAGCUCCAGAAAGUUCUCGGUGUCCUCCUCCUGGGAGAGACCGAAGGCCAGCAGCCUCUACCCAAAAGAACACUCCGGGAGCCCCGACGCUCCAUCAAACACAAAGUUGUCCCUGCCGAAGACAAACGUGCCCUCAAGAAACGAGGUGGCCAGAGAUAGUCUGCAGAUGAACACCGAACUCCAGGAAGGGAAAUUGGGGGUUACAAAGCAGGCGCCACCCGCCGAGAGCGACUCUCCCAAGAACUCUGUCGGUGGCCGAGAGGGUGACCACACUAGACCACCAAAGGCAGAUCCCUGUCCGCAGUUCCCCAGUCAGCCUGCGGGGGAAGACAGAAACCCCUUUCAAGUCAAACUCCGGUCCACGUCGCUGUCUUUCAAAUAUCGAGAUGGGGCUUUCCCAGAAUCCAAGGGCAUGAAGCGGUACAGUGCAGAGAUACGGAUGGAGAGAGGAGGGUUGAGGGUGCUUUCCAGAGAUGAAAAAACUCCGUUCAAAAGGCUAUCGGAUACUAGUGCCGCUGGUCCUCUAAGCGAUCAGGCGAAAGGCAAAGCCAAGUCCUCGGAGCAGCUCAGUCACAAGCCGCCCUUACCCAAAAAACCUGUUCUGCAGACUCGAACUGCUCCCCACGCACACACGCUCCCUGCAGGGCAUCUUGAACCCCUGGACCAAUUAACCAAGGCUCCAGAACCCAGAAACGAAACUAAAGCCUCGGAGAAAAAGUUGCCUCUUCACAAAGUAGCUGAAAAAAACCUGCCAUGCCCAGCACCAGCCCCUGGAGCCUCGGAGGGCCACUCGCUGCCACCCUGGAUUACUCUAGCCAGGCAGAAGCGCCGGGGCUCACGAGAACAGCAGCAGCUGAGCAAGGAGGAAAAGCCUGCAGCACCAGCCGCGAAGUCAGACACCGAAAAGCCACCUAAAGACCCAGACCGAAUAGAGGAGCGCAUUAAGCAACAAGCUGACUUUGUCCGGAGCAAAUCUUUCCUGGUGACACCAGCUAAAACUUCUGAAGAACAGAAGCCCAGAGCAAAGCUGAACCUCAAAGAAGGACUCCAUCGAGGCAUUUCACUUUCCCAUCAGAACCUAGCAGCUCAAUCUCAGGUGAUGACUGAGAAAGAACUGAAUCAGCUAAAGAGGGCCAGUUAUUCCAGCGCAGAUCAGCCAUCCUGGAUGGAACUUGCCAAAAAGAAGUCUCAAGCCUGGAGUGACAUGCCUCAGAUUAUAAAAUAGGUUGACUCAGAGCUGAUUUUAAAAAUUUGCUGCUUUGACAAGUUAACAACCCACUUAAUGAAACUGCUAGUUAGUCAUGACACAGGAUCUAUGGAACUUAAGAGUGAUUUUAUCAUCAAGUUAGAAGUGGGGAAAAUUUAUGGGGAAAGGGAGGUCAGUGAAACAACUCUCAUUUGGGGCCAGAGUUUACCAAAAACUUGGAAGUGAUACACACUUGGAAUAGGACACCUGGGAAGACAUCCAGGUACCAUUUCUUAUGGGCCAGUAGGAACAAAUGUGGAUCCCCCCCCUUAAAUUCCUUUUGUAACAUAGGCGAUGCUGCUUGAGGGGAAGGCAGACUGUCUAGAGUGAAAUGUGGGCUAGGAAAUUAGACUCCUUUGCAAGACUGGAAUAGAAAUAGUUUCAUGAAUAUCAUGAAUUUGCUCUUCCAUCUGAGGACAAGCCAUUGCAUUUGGACACCCCCCUGGCCCAUGGAUCACAUCUUCUCCAUCCAUGUUUAUGACUAAGACUGACAUUUACUUUGGAACCAAGAACGUUCUUUUCAAAAGCAGAGGAUGUGAACUGAUUUAUUUUCAUGAAGAUAAAUCUAUUUGGAGAUAAAGAAGAGAGUGCAGAGAGAGACAGAGAUGGAGACAGAGAGAGACAGAGACACAGAGACAGAGACAGAGAGACUGAGGAAGAUGGAGUGGGGAGAGAGAGAGAGAGAGAGAGAGAGAGAGAGAGAGAGAGAGAGAGAGAGAGAGAGAGAGAGAGAGAGAAGAAGGGAGGGAGAGCAGUCCAUUUAAUGAAGGAAUAAAAAUGUAGCCUCUUUUAAAUGGUAAAUGUUCUUUUUGCUAUUGCUAUUGGUUUUCAGUAGUGGCUGGGAAAACAAUGAAUACAGGUCUAUUUUUUUAAACCCUUACCUUUUGUCUUGGAACCAAUACUGUAUUGCUUCCAAGGCAGAAGAGUGGUAAGGGCUUGGCAAUGGGGGUUAAGUGACUUGCCCAGGGUCACACAGCUGGGAAGUGUCUGAGGCCAGAUUUGAACCCAUGACCUCCCAUCUGUAGGCCUGGCUCUCAAUCCACUGAGCUACCCAGCUGCCCCCAAUACAGGUCUAUUUAAAGUACACACCUUGUCAGUUUGGAUUGACAUAUUGAAAAGAAAUGUUUUCUCUCCAUUAAAAAAAAAAAGUUCUCUUGGCUUCUACUUUAUCAUUAUGCAUAAACAUUUCCACCAACAGUCAGGCCAUAAAUACAAUUCCUAGGAUGAGCUCUGGCUGUUUCUACUUCAUUUGGUUAAUAGAGUACAGCGUGAGCCAAGGAAAGAAAGGACAAACAGCAUUAGUCUCAGAAUUGUGCCUAGGUCCUCUACCCUAGAUGCAUAUAUGUCUCCUUUGAAAGGAAGUUUUCCAGAGCCUUUCCUUUGAACAAGACAAUCUCCCCAGGAAUAUAUACAGCUGGCCAGGGACAUCCUGCCACUGGGAUCCGAACAAUCUUUUCUGGUGUUACAGUUUGGAUUUAUUGUGCCCUGAGGCUCACUGCCUUUAUUACAUUUGAAUCCUCAUGAAUAAUUCUCCCCCCUAGACCCCCCCCCCCCAGUCCCUGAGAUUGCACAGAUAAAUUAAGCAGGUAUGCCUUAGAGAAGCUCAAGAGAAGAACUACCUGCUGCUAUAAUAAGGUGGCGACUCUUGGGGAAGCUCCCCAAAUGAUCACGCAAAAGCCCGAAGAUGCUCCUUUUUUGGAACCUGAGAAAGCCGUGGCCCAAUAGCACUGGCUCCCCUGAUCUCGCCUUUUAGCACCACAUCCUUAGAGGUGGCACAAAAGGAAGGCUGUGAAAGGGACCGGCUUCAUCUCAUUCAGGCAGAAGCUGCCUUGUUCUGAGGCUGCUAAUCAUCUCCCGCCAUCAGCACCUUCUCCAGCCCCUCCUCAUCCUAAAUUGACAGGUUAACUAUUGGCUACUGGAAGAAUGCAAUGCCAGGACCUAAAGGCAUUUACUUAACGUGCCAGCUUAGGUUUGGGCAAGAAGCACCACUGCCUGGUCGCCCCUGACAUGAUAGGUUGGCAUACCAAGGAGUAAGGUAUAUAGUGAGAUGACAGUGUUACGGAGUCGAAAGAAGCCAGGAGAAGGGCUCAGAGGACCCAGGUUCAAAUCCUGCUUCUGUUUCUUUUAUCAUCUAUAAAAGUCAUUUCACCUGGAUCUCUCCAAGUCUGUUUCCUUAUCUAUAAAUAAGUGAGUUAGACUAGAGGUUCCCUAAAGCCCCAACCCCUUCUGCCAAUGUGUGGCAAGCCAAGAAUCCUGCCUAGAUUUGGAGAGGGUGAUAGAGGAUCUCAAAGAGCAGCGGCUCCCUGAGUACCCUGUUGGGAAUGGCACGGAGGGUAUGUUCCUCAGGCUGGCAGAUGACAAGAAGCUGGAAAGCAAUUAGGACAUCAAACGACAGAACUGAGUCUUGACAGGCUGGGACAGUUGGCCAGCCAAAGAUGGCUCAGAAGAGAACAUUUAACAAGGACCAGGAUAAAGUCUGAUGCUCGAGUCAAAGAAGCACGUUCACUGAGAGGGGACAUGGCCAGAAAGCAGUUUAUGGGAGAAGAAACGAGCAGACCUGGGGAUGGAGUGAGCAGAAUGCCAAACGUGAGCCCACAGACUGCCAGAGAUGCCCGUUUUAUGGCAUGACGUGCCUCAGUGAACUGCAGUGGUCCCUAGCCACCAGCCAGGAUGAUUCAUUGUAACUGUCCAAGUACCCCACUGACAAUCAGGGUAUUUAAGUACCUGGGAGAAAUCAAGUUUUUAAUGUCUCCUUUAGCUAGUUUUACCUGCUUUGGGGCUUUUUAGAAACAUCAGUAGCAUAUAGAGAACUGACUUCAGAUUUCUGAGCACCCAGCAGUACUGCAUGUGGUCAUUGUUGUUUUUAUUUUUAACCCCUAUUUUCUGUCCUAAUAACAACUCUAAGACAGAAUAGGCAAAUGAGGUUAAGUGACUUGCUCAGGGUCACACAGCUAAGAAAUGUCUGAGGCCAGAUUUGAACCUCCUGACUCCAAGCCUGGCACUUUAAUCUCUGUGCCACCUAGCUGCCUCUUACAUGUGUUGUUUAAUCCUUACCUUCCAUCUUAGAAUCAAAACUAAGUACUAACUCCAAGGCAGAAGAGCAAUCAAGGCUAGACCGUGGGCAUCAAGUGACUUACCCAGGGUCACACAGCUAGGAAGUGUCUGAGGUCAGAUUGGAAGUUAGUUCCUCCUCACUCCAUGCCUGAUGCUCUAUCCACCAGGCUACCCAGCUUCCCUGAAUGCAUUUUUUCAAAGGAUUAUAUCAAUUGAACCAGAAAGUCAAAUAACUUUUAAACCAUCCUUUCCAUUUCUCCCCACCCCCUUUUACCACUCCUUGAAUAUUUGAAAAAGCAGCUAAUAUUGGAGCCAGACUCCAGCCUGUACUUCACCUUAGUCAUGGAUUUGCUAGAUAAUAACCCUCAGUGCUUUCAGUUUCCUCAGAUGGAGGUGACCUACUUCAUGAGGAAGGCUGAGUAAUCAGGAUGAUUGUAAAGUGCUUUAUAAGUGCUUUAUGCUUUCAGAAAGGAGAGACCUGUUUGAUGUGGGCGUAUGGGCAGCUCAGGCCAGAUUUUGAAGGGUCAUGUACCAAAGAUGAAAGGGACGGCACAUAUCCAACGAGGAAUAUAAAAGUGCCUGCCUGCAGGAAUAGUGUCAGGAAAACUAAAACCCAUUUAGGAACAGAGGCUAUCAAAAAAUGCUAAAGGCUAACAAAAAGGGCUUUGAAAAACGUGUAGGUUGGAUAAAAGGGAAAUGAGAAAGAGAUUGGCCCAGGAUUUGAAGCAAAUAGGAAAACUGAAACAGAUGAAAGAAAAUAGAAGUACUCAACUUCUGCUUCUUCUCUAUAUUAAGAAAUUCUUAUUGUUUAGUCAUUUCUGACUCUCCUUGACCCCUUUGACUUUUUCUUGGCAAAGAUACUAGAGUGACUUGCCAUUUCCUUCUCCAGCUCAUUUUACAGAUGAGGAAACUGAGGAAAACAAGAUUAAAUGACUUGCCCAGGGUCACUAAGUUCAUAAGUAUCUGAGACCAGAUUGGAACUCAGGAAGCCUUUGGGCCCAGAACUCUAUCCAUUGUGUCACUCUAGCUGACCUCCCUAAAGAAGAAAGAUUCUCAAACUAGAGGAUGGGAAAAGAAAAAGUUAAGAGGAAACUAAAACUCCAGACAAAUGAAAAGUUAAUGAGAGAGGCUUGAAUUAUAGUGAGUUUAAGCCACCAAUCCCAGAACAAUUACUAUGUAGAAUAAAUGUACUAUGUAGAAUAAAGCCAUAACAAAAGACUAGAGACAGGCAAAUGCCCUGGUUUCCAAAAAGACAAAGGAUGGAGUCUAUUAAACUGUAAAUUUAUUUUAUAGCUUCUGUUCAUGGCAAUAACCUGCGUUUAUACACCACUUGAAAGCUUUGUCAAACACCCUGCAAUUACUGAGUCUUCAGAACUAUCCUUCAAGAGUGGUGCUAUUGUUAUCUCCAUUUUACAGUUGAGAAAACUGAGGCCAGGAGAGGUUAAGUAACUUGCCCAGAGCCACACAGUUAGUAAAUGUCUGAGACUGGAUUUGAACUCAAGUCUUCCUGACUCCAGAUCUAACACUCUAUCUAUGCCUCCUGGAAAGGGAAAUAAUAAACACCACCAGCUAAUGGGUUUUUCAAUAACAAUUUAUAUCCAAUCUUAUUUAAUUAUCAAUUAAUCAACAAGCAUGUAAUUAAGUACCAACUGAAUUCAAGGCACUACUUUUUUUUAAACCCCUACCUUCUAUCCUAGUAUCAGUACUAAAACUAAGAUCAGCAAGGGCUAGACAAUUAGGGUUAAGUGACUUGCCCAGGGUCACACAGGUAAGAAGUAUCUGAGGUCAUAUUUCAACCAGCUCUUCCCAGCUACAGGUUGCUCUAUCUUUAUCCACUGUGUUGCUUGAUUGCCCCCAAAGUACUGUUGUUGUCAAAGAGGACCAAUGACAUGGUGGUGAUGUCUUGACUUAUGCACGAGUCAGAUUUAAGGGUGGCAGAAUGGCACAAAGGCUUGCUGAUGAUACGAAGGCAAAAAUGAAAAUCUCCCUCUCCUCAAGGAUCUUUUUUUUUAACCCUUACUUUCUAUUUUAGUAAAACUAGGCAAAUGGGGUUAAGUGACUUGCCCAAGGUCACACAUGGGAAGUGUCUGAAGCCAGAUUUGAACCCCAAUACUUCUGACUUCAGGUCUCUUGCUCCUUCUAUUGUGCCACUUAACUAACACCCAAGAAAUUUACAUUUUUGAUGAUUAAUAGACAAGUAAUAGAGGGAAAUAUCAGAGAAGUAAUAUGAAUCUAAGCAAAUCAUUUUGGAGAGCUUGGAAAAAAGUAGAGUUAAGAGCAUUCAACUAGUAGAACAAGAUCCAAAGAAUAUUAAUGAGCACAUUGCUCCGUGUCUACCUGGAAGAGGAUCGUUGAUAAAGACCUUAUGGACGCGAGUGGAGUGGGAUCAGAUAUUCAACCUUUUUACCGUGGCCUAGAUAAAGUCGUCUUUGUGUGAGCACAUGUAUCGGAUUUGCUCAUUAAAACUGGAAAAGCGAGUUAAUAUGUUCAAUGACAUAAUCCCCUUCCAAAAAGAUCUUGAAAGAAACACUCGACUGAAGCUAAUAAAAUGAAAUUUAUUAAAGACAGAUAUAAUGAUCCUUUCCUGGAUUUAAGAAAAAAGGAAUUGUACAAAAGUUCCAAAAAACUGAUGAGGUGUAAUUGACAGCCACUGAGCUUCAAAAGUCAGGAUGGUGCUGAUUCGAGACCUGCUUCUGACACAUCCUGGCUGCACGUCUUCUAAUCUCAGUGCCCGAGGGAGGUCUCUGCUUUAGACAUCUGUGCAGUUCCUAAGAUUUGAGGUGCUGAUCUGUACCAGUAGAAGGAGUUCUUACUGGAUAGUUCUCUUUUGUAACAAAAUCAAAGGUUGAUUUUUUUUUUAAUGUGGCUAGAAAGCAACCCCCAUGAGAAGUGCUAAUGGACUCCAAGCUCAAGAUGAAAUCAUCAACUACAUAAUAUGAUGGCCAAAAAAGUAUCCUGUCUCCAAUGAGUCAGAGUAACCUCACUAGUCUGCCCUUUUGAGGUGGCAUCUGCCCUGCUCGAUUCUGGAUGCCACAUUUUGGGAGGGAAAUUGACGAUUUGAGGGGAACUGGAAUAACAAAGGGAUUUAAAAUCAUGUGCUCUAUAAAUCAAUGGAAAGAACCGGAGAUGUUUAGCCUGAGAAAAGAAGAUGUGGCACAAGAAAAUAGGGGAAAGAAGGAGGCUCUCUUCAAAUUUAUGAAAAGGCUGUCAUGUUAAAGAGAUCCAGUGUAUUGGACUUGCUCUCCUCUGGCCGAUCUAGAAACAAUGUGGGUCAAAGUUGCCAAAAGGGAAAUGUAGGCGUAAUGUAAGGAAAAAUUUGCUAACAAUUAACCUUUUUCUAGACAUGGAAUGGGCCACUUAGAUUGGCCUUGGUAAGCUUUGUCUUUUGCAUUUUAAAACAAAAACUCUGACCUUCCAUCUUAGAAUCAAUACUAUGCCUUGUUUCUAAGGCAGAAGAUUGGCAAGGGUUAGGCAAUGGGGGUUAAAUGACUUGUACAAGGUCAGGAAAUAUCUGAGGCCAUAUUUGAACCCAGGGCCUCUCACAUCUCCAUGCCUAGUUCUCUAUCCACUGAGUCACCUAAGUGCCCCUGCUUUUCUGAGUUUUUUGAGCAGAUUUUUUAAAAAUAUGCCCAAAUUGCCAAUACCCUGUCCAUGUCUACUUUUUCUAUUUGGUUUCAAGUAUCUUGUUUACCUCCCAGGUAAUUACAGACUAUCUUGUUCUGGUGAUAUUAUUGCUUGAUUCAGGGCCAAAGAGGUCAGCAGACUUUUCGCCAGAAAGACUUCUACCAGGACUAAUGGAGUCAUCUUUGACUGGAUGCUUUGAGACCUCUUUAGGACAGGGCACUGCUUUGUACAAGUCUUCCAAAAGCGCCUUAAAGGAAAAAAGAAAAAGCAGCCUCUCCAGUUGAAUCUCACGUCUCUUCCACUCCUGCCCUGUGCCCUGUUUGCUGUGGUCUCACUUGGUUUUUUUUUCCUCCUCCACUUUUAUUGUCCAAAAGGCCUGAGAUCUAUUCAGAGAGAGUUAGCUGCGGAAGAAUGGAUAGAGAGAAUUAGUGCAAUAGUGUGCUGGUGGCUCUGCCUGCCUCAAAUCUCUCUCCACUCGGGUCCAUCCUUCAUUCAGCCCCUAAAGUGGUUUUACUAAAGCACAGGUCUGAUCCUAUCAGCUCCCUACUCAAUAAUCUCCAAUGGCUUCCUAUUGCCUACAGAAGCAAAUCCAAAAUGUGCUGUUUGGAAUUCAAAAUCCUUCAUCAUUUAGGCUUCUUGCCCCUUACUCCCACCUAUGUAUUCUUUGAUCCAAUAGGUCACACUCCAUCACUUGGCUCUGAGCAUUUUCACUGGCUGUCCUCCAUGCUUAGAACACUCUGCCUCCUCUGAUGUGACCCCUGACUACCCUGACUUCCUUUAAAACCCAUCUAAAAUCCCAUCUCCUACAGGAAGCCUUCUUUAACCCUUCUUAAUACCUGUACUUUCUUUCUUUAAUUCAUUUCCUUUUUAGGGGGCAGCUCGGUGGAUUGAGAGUCAAGUCUGGAGAUGGAGGCUCAAACUGGCCUCAAGACACUUUCUAGAUGUGUGACCCUGGGCAAGUCACUUAACUCCCAUCUAACUGCCUUAGAAUCAAUAUAUAGUAUUGAUUUUAAGAUAGAACGUAAGGGUUAUUUUUUUAAAAAUAAAUGAAAUAAUUUUCUUUCUAUCCUGUACAUAGCUUUCUUUGUAUAUAUUUGCUUGCAUAUUACCCUUUAGAUGUUCUUGAAUGCAGGGAUUCUUUUUUUUUUUGCUUCUUUUUGUAUCUUCUCUCUUAAAACAGUGCCUGGCACAUAGUAGGCGCUUAAUAAAUGUUCAUUGAUUAAUUGAUAUUUACCUAAAUUGUUAGUCAAAUGGCACAUUAUAUACAGGGCUGUUUAAAGUUGCACCAACUCACUGGUCCCUGGAAUAUUUUAUUUCUAUUAUUAAGGAAGAUUUAGAGUUGGAAGAGACCUUAAAAAUCAUCCAGACCAACUCUCAUACCUUAUUGAAGGGGGAAUUGGGCCAUUAUUGCUUAAGGUUUACAGCACCCACUUAGGAUUUCGCUGGUGGUGGGAGAAGCUCUAUUAAUGAAAACUUGUCUUGAUCACUGAGAAAUUAAGUGAUUUGCCUAGGGUCACACAGUCAGUAUGUGUCUGGGACAGAAUUUGAAAUUAGGUCUUCCUGAAUUUGAGACUAUAUCUCUGCACUAGAAUACCUUUCAACCAGAAAGAACUAGAAAAAAAAAUUCAGACCUCAGAACUGAUGAGGUAAUCCUGUCUUCCCUUCUCUGUGUGGGUAUAUAGUAUACCUAAUAGCUUUUCUUUCAUCCCUCCACUCAAAAUGGCUCUGACAGUUAAAAGGUAGAGUAAAGGGCAGGUAAGUAGCCCAAUGGAUAGAGCACCAGAAGGAUCUGGCUUCAAAUUUCCCCUGAGGUAUUUCCUAGCUGUUUGACACUGGGCAAGUCACUGGGCAAGAAUUUAUCCACUAGUGUCCCAGCCCCCUCCCAACUCCCCACGUCACUGAUGGGAUCAUCCAGGAGACAGACGUAAUUCUACAAAUUGCAUCUUUCAUGUUUUCACCUUCCAGUUUGCUCUCUGGAGGUCACAUUCACAAUUCAUUCUGCCAGUAUUAAAUCUGGAGUCGUGUAUGACAUUCUCUUGGUUCUACUCAUUUUAUUGUCCAUUAUCCCAUGUCAUUCUUUCUAAGCUUUUCCUUUUAAUUAGCCUGCUCAUCAUUUCGUAUGGCACAGAAGUAUUCCUUCACGAUCAUAUACCACAGCUUGUCUAGCCACCCCCUUAUUGAUGGGCAUCCCCUCAAUUUCCAGUUCUUUGCCACCAACCACAGAGAGAGAUGCUAUAAAUAUGUGGGAACAAACAAGUUCUUUUCCUCUUUCUCUGAUCUCCUUGGGUAUUGCUGGGUCUAGGAAUAUGCACAGCUCCAUAACUCCCCAGCUAUAAUUCCAAAUUGCUCUCCAAAUGGUUGGAUCAGUUUGCAGCUCCACCAGUAGUAGAUAAAUAUCCACUUUUUCCAUAUCCCCUCUGAUAGCUGUCAUUUUGCUCUCAAACAUUCUUUCUUAACCAUUGCUCUGGAUCUCAACCACUGGGGCCAUUUUCUCAUAGUAAAUUUCAACUCCACUCAAGAAACAUUAUUUCUAUUCCAUGCUUUUCCCCCCAUUCCCAGUUUGAAGUAUUUUGGUCUUUAAAUUCGAUCAUUUCUCACAUUCACUAGUUUAUUAUUUUAUUAUAGAACUAUAAUUUACAAUUUCUAUCUUCUCAGACCCAUCUCAGUUCUUUUAUUUUAGAAGAUUUUUCUCUUAUUUAUUGUGCAGUGUAUAAAAAAUAACCGACUGUCAUUGCAUCUUUUGACAUAGGCUUGAAAACAAAUCACUUCGGAAACACUGGGACCUAAAAGACAAACCAGGGAAUCUUCUGGCCUCUAAAUCAAAUAUGGAAAUAUGAGUGAAAGUCACCUUAGUAUAAAAAAAAAAUCAUGAGCAAGAUUUGCAGGAAUAAAAGGUCUCUUAUUUAGAUGUGCCCGUAGCCCCGUGUUCAAGGUUAAAGCUACUAGAAGUACAUAUUGAAAUGGGCAAAAGUCUGGAAUUGGUGGGGUUUUCUCUACAUACUGAAAUAAUAAUCAAUAGUUAGCAAAAUCAGAUUCCCGAAGCUUCAGGGUAUUUUGCCCAUUUGGGGAGAUCCACAAACUGAUUUUGACUAUCAUGUAGCCCUAAGACAAAACAAAUGCUUCCACUCAAGCCUAGAACAAAGAGCCUAGAAUAUUGACAUCACUUUGCACAUUUAAACUCUCCUGUAACCCAUAAAAAGGAUGGAGAAGUAGAAAAAGGGCAGAGAAAACCCAAUAUGCUACCUAAUCUAAAACCCUACUUCUAGAAAGAAUGACAUUGGUGCAAUGGAAAGAUGCUAGAUUUGGAGUCACAUGGACCUGUGUGGCAAAUCCUUUUUCCACUAAGGUAUUUAACAACUUUAGGUCUCAUUCUAUAUGUCUGGAAAAUGAAAGGGUUGGGAUAGAUGCCUCGAAGUCUUCUAGCUUUAGGUCUGUUCUAAAGCAGGUGUGUGUAUGUGAUCAUGGACAAAGUAUGCGUGAUGUGGUUUCUUCUUUAUUUUUAAAGAGAACUUACCUUUUUAAAAAGGCAAUCAAAAGAGGGGAGCUAGGUGACACAGUAGGUAGAGUACCAGGUAUGGAGUCAAGAGGACCUGGGUUCAAAUUUGUCCUCAGAUACGUCCUAGCUGUGUGACCCUGGGCAAGUCACUUAACCCCAAUUGCCUAGUUCUGUCUUUGUGUUGUUACUAAGACAGAAAAUGAGGAUUUAUAAAAGAAAAAUAACGUUUCUUAAUUUUAAACAGUCAAAGGCAAUAGAACUAAUAAUGGACCAUGUGUUUUAAAAAUUCAGUCUCUUCUCAUCUAUACCUUCCCUCCCUCUCCCCCCCGCCCAGAUAUUUUUGGUUGCCUAUUUUUAAAUACUAUGCCUGUGUUUCACUGGUGUAAGAACUCUCGGUGAGGAAAUUCCUUCUUCCAUUGCAGAUUAACAUCUUUCCUGCAGUUUAUAGACUUAGAGAGGUUACCUACUUGGUUCCUAAGUAUCAUUGUUAUUGCUCUAAGAGGAUUCAAAGGAAUAUUGUUAACCUAUUCAGCACUGGGGGGUUUCUUUCUUUGUGAGUUUAUAUAGUAGAUCAUUUUUUAUACUAAGGAAGCAAAAAAAGGCGACAUGAACAUAUAAUGUUUCACUAUAAGAGGAAGAAGUGUAAUAACUCAACAGAGCGCCUUUGUGCACAAAGACACUGUAGGGUCACGUUACCUUGGACCUAAUUUUAAGCUAGAUAGUUUAGACCAAGUUGAUAGACCAGUCUCCAGUUUCAAGAUAUCAGAUUUUGAUUGCUUGACCAAGCAUUUUCUGAGCCAGAUUUCCCCAAGUCUCUCUUUUGGGAGCAAUGUGAAGUUUGAAAAAUUCUUUCACUCUUACUAGGUGUCCAUUUAGCACUCUGAAAGAAUAUAUAUAUAUAUAUAUAAGUAUACUUGCUGAACUGGGAAAAUCUGGCUGACUGUCCCAAGGAGUUAAGCUAGAGAUAAUAUACCCACUUUUGUUGUUGUUCAGUCAUGUCUGACUCUUCUUGACCUCAUUUGCGGUUGUCUUGGCAAUGAUAUUGGAGAGUGAGUGAUUUGCCAUUUUCUUCUCCAGCUCAUUUUACAAAUGAGGAAACUGAGGCAAAGAGGGAUAAGUGACUUGCCCAGAGUCACAAAGCUAGUAAAUGUCUGAGGCUGCAUUCGAACUCAUGAAUUGAGUGCUCUCUGAAUUGUCACCUAGCUACCCAACAUGCUCAUAGGAUCAUUGAUUUAGAGCUCAAAGAGAACUCAGAGUCCAUUUAUUCUUCAUUUUAUGGAUGAAGAUGUAGGAAAGAAGGAAUGAAGGAAAUAAGCAUUUUUAAGUGUCCUCUGUGUGCUAGGCACAGUACCAGGAAUUUUAUAAAUAUUACCUCAUUUGAUAAUCCUCCCAACAACCCUGAGAGGUGAGUGUUAUUACCGUAUUCAUUUUACAGGUGAACAAAAUGAGGUAAAAAGAGUUUAAAUGACUUACCUAGGCUUGUACAGCUUAUGUCUCACAGUAUGUCUGAGAUCAAAUUUGAACACCCAACUUGGGACCCUAGAGAAGUUUAGUGGUUUGCCUAAGGUCACACAGUAGUGAAGACCAGAUUUGAAAUGAGGUCUUUCAGAAUCCAAAUCAUUAGAAGAUCAGAAGAAGAAAUCAUAUGCACAAUGCAAAAAGUGAUUUUGUACCUUCCCACAGUCACCUAUGCUUAGGUAGAGAUGGAAAAAAAAGCAUAAUUUUAUCUAUUUUGUAGGCUAAGCAUCUACGGCUCUUUUUUUUUAACCUUUACCUACUGUCUUCAUAUCAAUACUAAAACAGAAAAGUGGUAAAGGCUUGGCAUUCGGGAUUAAGUGACUUGCCCAGGAUCACGCAGCUUGGAAAUGUCUAAGACCACAUUUGAACACAGGACUUCCCAUCUCCAGGGUUGGUGCUCUAUCCAUGUAUUGCCUUGACUUGCAGCUUUUCUUGGUCUUCCAAAUGCUAUGAUCACAGCCAUGUUUUUUUUAUUGGACUCAGGUUAAACCCUGGAUUCCCAGCAUCCCAGGAUUUCUCACUUUAUGCCAUAGAGCAAUUUUGUAGAAUUUUGUGUCAUUUACAUUAUAAGCACUACUGUGUUGGUAAAGAAACCAAUUGAAUGACUUUAUAAAAUCUCAAAAGAAAAAAAAAUUGGAUGUUUCCCUCUAUUGACAGCCUUUGUGUGUUCAAAAACCACAUCUCUAUUUGUGUUUGCUUAAAGUAGUAUAUGAAAGUCUAUACUGAUGCUUGAGCUUUCUGUCCUAUAGGUUCUAUAACAGUGAAGGCAAACCUUUUACAAAUGUGAAAAAUGUCCUCAGGUGCUUUUGGAGAGAGGGAGGGGAGCAGCCUGGCCCCAAGUCCCUCUGACUUUCUAGUAAGAAACUCUGGCAAACCUAAUGCUGGGGCAAUGGCACAUGUGCCCACAGAGAGGGUUCUGAGUGCCCCCUCUGGCAUAUGUGCCAUAGGUUUGCCACUAUCUCUAUACCCUCACUUCCCAAACUGAGCUCCAUGCAUCUCUGGGUCCACGUGAAUAAAUACAGGUACCAUGAGAAAAUCCCUAUGCUAACAAUAUUUCCCUUCUAAAAAUAUGAAAUGAUGUAUAUUUUAAAAAUACUGCAUGUUACUUUGUUAUCUUUGUUACCCAAGACAGGCAUUUAUCCCUCUGGGCAGCUAGGUGGUCCAGUGGAUAUAGUGCCAGGCUUGAAAUCAGAAAGGCAUCUUCCUGAAUUCAAAUCUUGGCCUCAGACACUUCCUAGCUGGGUGACCCUGGGCAAAUCACUUCUCCCUGUUUGCCUCAGUUUCCUAACCUAGAAAAUGAACAGAAGAAGGACAUGGGAAACCAUUCCGGUAUCUUUGCCAAGAAAACCCCAAAUGGGAUCAUAAAGUAUUAGACAUGUCUAAAAGAAAGGAACACCAUUUAUUCUAUUAAAAUGGACUCAAUUCUCUCUAAUUUUCUGCCAAUUUCUUUGAUUUACAGAUCUCUCUCUCUCUCUCUCUCUCUCUCUCUCUCUCUCUCUCUCUCUCUCUCACACACACACACACACACACACACACACACACACACACACACACACAUACAUAUACUUUUUUCCCUUCUGGGGAGGUAUUUUGUGUCCCUAGACCAGCUGUGUGAUUUCUUGCGAUAUAUUUCACACUGUAGAAUGUAAACUCCUUGAGAACAGAGUUCUUUAUUCUUUCCUUCCUUCCCUCCUUUUUUCCUUCCUUCCUUUCUCUCUUUCUUUCUUCCUUCCUUCCUCUUUCUCUUUCUUCUUUCCUUCCUUCCUCUUUUUCUUGUCUUGGUAUCCCCAGUGACUAAUACAGCUCCUGACACACAGUAAACCCUGCAGAAGCCAUUCCAAAGGGUCCUGUAGCUAAACUAGUUUGGCAAAGGCUGCUCUCUGUAAACCUACAAGCUAAGAUCCCUCCCUCUGUUCCAAGAUUUACAUUAGAAUUCACAUUCUCUAAUGAACACCCUAAUGUAGCAUAAUGGAAAGCUUCCUUCAAUUACUUGAAUUCUUUCAUAAAUCCAGGGGUAAAUUAAAGAUAUACAUUAUCCAAGGCCUGUUGAUUUGUAUUUCACAUUUCCUGUAGGAAAAGCCUGACUGCAGAUUUAUCAUGCCAUUUCUCAAGCAACAUAAUUGAUUAAAUGGUCCUUUUCAGUCUCCACUGGCUUGCAGUGGUAUUAUUGUAAAGAUGGGUUUUUCACCCUCGUGUUUAUUUGUGGCCUCUGUAUAUACAGCAUAAAGAUGUCACUGAGGAUGUUACUGAAAUUAUAGGAGAGGAAAAAAUGAGCAGGUAACGGGGCGUUUUAUUCAUGUUCUACAAAGCAGAGCUUCUAGAUCUCAGUGCACUGACUUAGCUCUACUUUGCUUCCUGUUUCAUGGCAAGUUCAGCUCCUGAAUCUGAGCUCACUUUCUAGUGCUAACUGAUAUAAGUGAGGAGCAGCUUGUGAAAUGCUUUUAAGAUGCUACAGCGGGUGAGCGGGUGAGCUCUGGUGUUCACUGUUUUGUAUCCACACUUGUAAGACUGUAAAAGAGCUCCUUCUUCAUCUCUCCAUUGGGUCCUCUGAAAAGAACAAAUCCACAGCAUAAUGAUUUCUACUGUUGUACAGAAAGAACCUAAUAAAUAUUUCGUGUAUCUCGUUCACAA